AUGGGUUCCAUUGGCGAGACGGUUACCAGCGUGCUUGGUGGCCACAAGCGACCCAUCCGUGUCGCCGGGUGCUCCGGUGGUGUCUACGACCGCAAGCGUGCUAUCCACGAUGUGGCCAAGAACGAGGAUGUCGAUGUCAUUACCGGCGACUGGAUGUCCGAGUGCAACAUGACUCUGCGCGGCUCCGACAAGCGGGACCGCCUGGCCAACAAGGCCAUGUCCUCCGGCUCUACCGUCGUUGCCAAGGGAUACGAGCCUUACUUCCUCGACGAGCUCGACCCUGCCAUCCCCUGGCUCGCCAAGAAGGGCACCAAGAUUGCCGUCAACGCCGGCGCUUCCGACGUGCACGGCCUGGCUGAUGCCGUCAGGGAGCUCAUCAAGAAGCACGGCGUCGACCUCAAGGUCGGUGUCGUUGACGGCGACGAUGUCACCGACGUCGUUCUCGACCUCUACAAGAAGGGCGAGCCCUUCCUGAACCUGCCCGCCAACAAGGCCAUCCAGGACUGGGGCUACGACCCCAUCUGCGCCCAGUGCUACCUCGGUGGCACGGGUAUCGCUACCUGCUUCGAGAACGGCGCCGACAUUGUUCUGUGCGGCCGUGUCGCUGACGCGUCCGUCACCGUCGGCGCCGCCAUGUGGUGGCACGGCUGGAGCCGUGACGACCUCAACCCCCUGGCCGGCGCCCUGAUGAUCGGACACGUCAUCGAGUGCUCCAACUAUGCCACCGGUGGUUACUACUCCGGCUUCAAGGACCUUGUCCCUAACGACACCGACAUGGGCUACCCCAUCGCCUCCAUCGACCACAAGGGUGAGGGUGUCAUCACCAUGGAGAAGGGCCGUCACGGCCUGGUCAACACGGCCACCGUUGCCAGCCAGCUUCUGUACGAGAUCCAGGGUCCCCUGUACUACAACUCUGAUGUCACUGCCUCGAUUGAGGACAUGGUCAUCAAGGAGAUUGGCCCCAACCAAGUCUCCAUCUCUGGUGCUAAGGGUCUGCCCGCGCCUGCUACGACCAAAGUCGGUAUCACUGCCAAGGGCGGCUGGCAAGCCGAGUUCCACUUCUACCUGACCGGUCUCGACAUCGAGGAGAAGGCGGCCAUGGUCGAGCGCCAGACCAAGGCGCUCAUGGGCGAGCACCUGACGCGCUUCUCGUGCCUGCGCUUCCAGGUCGCCGGCGCCGUCCCCUCGGACCCCCAGUCCCAGGAGGAGGCCACGGUGGACAUGCGCAUCUUUGCGCAGUCCCGCGACCCGGAGAUCCUGUCGGGCAACAACUUUGUCGACUCGGACCGCGGCUCCUUUGCCCGCUUCUGCAUCGAGAACCUGCUGCAGGGCUACCCGGGAAGCACCAUGGCCCCGGACAUGCGCACCGCCAUCGGCCGCCCCUUCUUCGAGUACUGGGUCUCGCUGCUGCCGCAGGAGCACGUCAAGGAGACGGCCCACCUGCCCGACGGCCGCGUGGUCGACAUCCCCACGCCUCCCGUGCGCAAGACGUACGAGCGCGAGCAGCCCAGCUACGACACCAGCAGCCCCGUCGACCUGUCGCAGUACGGCCCCACGACGCGCGCGCCCCUGGGCUACGUCGUCAUGGGCCGCUCCGGGGACAAGAGCUCCAACGCCAACCUGGGCCUCUUUGUGCGCCACGACGACGAGUGGGACUGGCUGCGCACGCUGCUCAGCACGCAGAAGCUGCGCGAGCUGCUCGGCAAGGACGACAAGGGCAAGCAGAUCGACCGCUGCGAGUUCCCCAACAUCCGCGCCGUGCACUUCCUGCUCAAGGACCACCUCGACCGCGGCUUCAACUCGACCUCGAGCUUCGACUCGCUCGGCAAGAACCUGUGCGAGUACAUCCGCUCCAAGCACGUCGACAUCCCCAACAAGUUCCUGGAGCGCGGCCGCAUCUAA